UGCCGUUAAGCAUCCCCGACUUCCGCAUCGCAAAACGAUCGCGCGCGUCGGACGCCGGCAGGCUCCUGAUUACGUUGAAAAGGCUGCCUCCUGCCGGCGUUUUUCCCCUUUUCCGAGCCUUUUGGCUCUUUCUCAGUGACUCAGUUGGUCAAACUCUGGUCCAUUCUCCUCCCUGCGCGUUCUUCUGUGUCGGGGGCGGCAGCGGUUGAGGGAGGGGGGAAGGGAAAUCGUCGCUAAGGCGCAGACGAGGAGGGUGGAGGGCGGGGCGCGAGCGAGCAAGCUCCGGGUUGGGGUGGGGGACGAGUGAGCGUGUGGCCAGAGUUCUCGCGCAGACGCGGAGCGGAAGUGUGUGUGUGUGUGCGCGCGUGAGUGCGCGCCUCCGGAGUGGGGAGCACGAGGCGCCGGUGGGUGAAGCGUAAGGGCGCUCGAGGAGCCAGAGAUUCCGGACGCAUGUGGGGGCCGGAGCGGAGGUAGGAGGAGAGCAUGUCCUUUCGAGGCGGAGGCCGCGGAGGAGGCCGCGGGGGGGGUGGCGGCUACACCCGCGGGGGCUUCAGUCGGGGCGGCGGCGGCAACUACCGAGGCGGAGGCGGAGGAGGAGGAGGGCGAGGCGGGGACCGCGGCGGCGGCCGAGGAGGGCGAGGCGGGGACCGCGGCGGCUUUGGCCGGGGAGGCUUCGGACGAGGAGGGGGUGGCCGCGGAGGCUUCCAGAAGGGCGGCUACAACGAGGGACCCCCGGAAAACGUGGUCGUGUUAGGAGAGUUCUUGCAUCCCUGUGAAGAUGACAUUGUUUGCAAAUGCAUAACUCAUGAAAAUAAAGUGCCUUAUUUCAAUGCUCCAGUUUAUUUAGAAAACAAAGAACAGAUUGGUAAAGUAGAUGAGAUAUUUGGACAGCUUAGAGAUUUUUAUUUUUCAGUUAAACUGUCAGAAAACAUGAAAGCCUCCUCUUUUAAAAAAUUACAAAAGUUUUACAUUGACCCAUAUAAACUGCUGCCCCUGCAAAGAUUCUUACCUCGGCCACCAGGUGAAAAAGCACCUCCAAGAGGUGGUGGUAGAGGAGGAGGAAGAGGAAGUGGUGGUAGAGGAGGAGGAAGAGGAGGUAGAGGUGGAGGAGGCAGAGGUGGUGGUUUUAGAGGUGGAAGAGGUGGUGGAGGCUUCAGAGGAGGACGAGGAGGUGGUGGCUUCAGAGGUAGAGGACGUUAAGUGGAACUUUUGGCAAGUAAACUUCAUUCACCAGUUGGCUUUUUGAAUCAUUCUUCAGAACUAAGGAAUUAUUUCUGCUGUGGAUCUGAAGAUUGGUUUUUUUUAAAGCAAGUACAAUUCUAAGGAACUGGUCACUUUAUGACAGUGUGUCAACAGUGUCACUACACCGUGCAGAACGGAUGCAAAGGAUGAGACAGUUUUGCUCCAAAAGAGCGGGGACUGAAUCUUUUAUAUAUUUUGUACAAUGCGCAGCACUCUGUGGGUGCUUAAUAAAUGUUCAGUAAUACUUUUGUUGUAAUUCGGAGUUUUUAAAUAUGAAAAUUUAACUUUUUUUCUUAGUUUUAAAAUUGAUAGCUGUUGUUAUUCUGGCUUGACUUCAUUUUUGAAGGUCAAAUACCCACUGAAUGAAUUUUAAAAAGCUUUAACAGCCUAGACGUAAAUAUAUUUGCAUAAACUCAGUUCUCAACUUGUCAGUUUGAGCUAUGCUAGUGCUAUGGUACUAUAGUGCUUAUGAGCUAUGUUAAAUGGACUCUUUCCAAAUAAAUACCUAUUGUAUAUAGGAACAUCGACACUUUUUAAAUGAUUGUAUUCUCUUCUUUAUAUAAAGCAAUUGUGAUUCUUUAACUACUUUGGUCAGUAGGUAACUUGAUAAAUUAUAGGUGAAAAGAACUUUGCCAAUUGAUACUACUGUCAGAAAAUUUGAGAAAUAAGUGUAGAAAAUUGGGUUAGUUACUUCAGUUGAGUACUGGCUGGAAAUUAGACACCAUAAUAUGUGGCUGUAAUGCAUUCAACUUAAAGCCUGAAAUAUUCAGGGUUUUUAUUUGGGUACUCUGGUGAUUUAAUUCUAGUUGAGAAUUUAGAGGUUUAAAAUGUCCAUGAGUUGCCCAGACCACUGUUAGUAGGUGAAGGUAAGCUUGAAGGUCUAUAGAAAAUUUAAUUAAUAGGCUCAGAGACUGAUCCAUCAUUUAUGGCAAUUAUGUGACUGUGUUAAGCAAAUUUAAAAUACAGAAAUACUUGCAUGGAA